AUGGCUGAAUCAAUGGAAUACGUUCGUCUUGGAAACUCCGGCCUCAAGAUCUCCAAGAUCAUCUUGGGUACUAUGGGCUACGGAAGUAAGCAAUGGCAAGACUGGGUUCUCGACGAGGAGGAUUCUCUUCCCCUGAUUGAACAUGCCUACAAAUUGGGUAUCAACACCUGGGAUACGGCCGACGUCUACUCCCACGGCAAAUCCGAGGAAGUCGUUGGAAAGGCCCUGAAGAAGUACAACAUCCCUCGCAACCGCGUGGUCAUUCUGACCAAGUGCUUCUUCGGCGUUGAUGACGAGGGCAAGUUCCCUCCCAUCUCUGCCUCCGCUACCAACAACGGUCCAUUCGUCAACCGCACCGGACUGUCGCGCAAGCAUAUCUUUGACGCAGUCGAUGCUAGUGUCGAACGUCUGGGCACAUACAUCGACGUCUUGCAAAUCCACCGAUUGGACCGGGAGACUCCUCGCGAGGAGAUCAUGAAGGCGCUCAACGAUGUCGUUGAAAGCGGCAAGGUCCGGUACCUCGGUGCCAGCUCAAUGGCUGCAUGGGAAUUCCAAACCCUCCAAAACAUCGCCGAGCGCAACGGCUGGCACAAGUUUAUCGCAAUGCAAAACUUCCACAACUUGAUCUUCCGCGAGGAAGAGCGCGAGAUGAUCCCCUACUGCCAGGAUGCCGGCGUGGGUGUUAUCCCCUGGUCUCCUAUUGCGCGUGGUGCGCUGGCUCGGCCCUGGGGAUCUCGCGGAACUGUGCGCGAGAACAGUGAUGGCGCUCUGAAGAUGUUUGUGCGCAGCCGCGAGUCUGAGGCCGAUAAGGCUAUCAUUGACCGGGUUGAGGAAAUCUCUAAGAAGAAGGGCGUCAGUAUGGCGCAGGUCGCUAUUGCUUGGUCGCUGUCACACACGGGCAUCAACCCUAUUGUUGGACUCCAUAGCAUUGAUCGUAUUGACGAGGCGGUUGCUGCUACCAAGGUUCAGCUGUCGGCAGAGGAGAUCAAAUAUCUGGAGGAGCCUUACAUCCCCAAGACUGUUACUGCUCUUGAGCGGUAA